AACUAACUAAACAUGACGAGACGAAAUUGGAAGCAUUAAUUAAAAUGGCAAACUGCUAUCAAAAUUACAACGAUUUACUUUUUCAAAAUGAAGACCUUGCUAGUAAAGUCGCAUUAGGACUUUACAAUAAGAAAAAAUAUAAAGAA